CGGAGGCGGCGUCCGGGCAGCCAUGUCGCCUUUGUCUGCGGCGCGGGCGGCCGUGCGGGUGUACGCGGCGGGCGCGGCGGUGGUGCUGGCGCAGCUGGUGCGGCGCUGCGUCGGGGGCUUCGCGGAGCCAGUUCUGGCCCCACAACCGGAACGUGUUGCUAUAGUGACCGGAGGCACGGAUGGAAUCGGCUAUUCCACUGCGAAGCAUCUGGCGAGACUGGGCAUGCAUGUGAUCCUAGCUGGAAAUAAUGACAGCAGUGCCCCAGACGUCGUGAGAAAAAUACAAGAAGAGACUUUGAACGACAAAGUGGAGUUUUUGUAUUGCGACCUGGCGUCUCUGAGGUCCAUCCGGCAGUUCGUCCAGAAGUUCAAGAAGAAGAAAAUCCCUCUCCACGUCCUGGUCAAUAAUGCCGGGGUGAUGAUGGUCCCUGAGAGGACAACCGAGGACGGCUUCGAGGAGCACUUCGGGCUGAACUACCUGGGCCACUUCCUGCUCACCAACCUCCUGCUGGACACGCUGAAGGAGUCGGGAGCUCCCGGCCGCUGCGCCAGGGUGGUCACCGUGUCGUCGGCCACGCAUUACAUCGGCGAGCUGGACAUGGAUGACCUCCAGGGCAGCCGCUGCUACUCCCCGCACGCCGCCUACGCCCAGAGCAAGCUGGCCCUGGUCCUGUUCACCUACCACCUGCAGAGGCUGCUGGCCACCCAGGGGAGCCCCGUGACGGCCAACGUGGUCGACCCCGGGGUGGUCAACACGAACCUCUACAGACACGUCUUCUGGGGCACGCGUCUCAUCAAGAAGCUCUUCGGAUGGUGGUUUUUCAAGACCCCAGAUGAGGGAGCCUGGACGUCAGUCUAUGCAGCGGUCACCCCGGACCUGGAGGGACUUGGCGGCCGCUACCUGUACAACGAGAAAGAGACCAAGUCUCUCGCAGUCACGUAUGACCUAGAUCUUCAAACAGAGCUGUGGGCCAGAAGUUGCCAGAUGACCGGCAUCACCGACGUGUCCCAGGACACCUUCUCGGGGUAGCUGCUGCAUUGGGGAAGACCUUGCCUUCUGUCUACCAAGCACAGGUCUGUGACAGAUCCCCAUGUCUGCAUUGUUCAUAGCCGUCCGCCUUCAUGGCUGUGUCCCCAGAGGUCUCCUGUCUGCCGUCCUACCUUUGCAGGAAAUCAAGGGCCAAAAGAAACAUUGAAUGUAAUCCCCAAGUAGGUGAUUCUGAGCCAUAAUCAUGUGCCAAUUUGCUACAAGUGCCAUGAACAAUUAAAUGCUGCCUAACCCAA